UAUGAUGGUCCACGAACGUUCGGAUACGGUGACGUGCGGUCCUGUGAUGCCUCAGGGAGGGAUCCAAGCCCUGGAGACCAUGUUGUAUACCCUGGAUAUCGUUAACUCCCAGGGAAUGUUGCCCUUUACACUCGGAGCUCACAUCCUGGACGAUUGUGACAAGGAUACGUACGGCUUGGAGAUGGCAGUAGACUUCAUCAAAGGAUCUAUCAGCAACAUAGACGAUGCUGAGUACCACUGCAACAAGAGCUCCGUCAGGAAGGUUAUUUCUGGUGUAGUGGGCGCAGCAUCCAGUGUAACUUCUAUACAGGUGGCCAACCUGCUUCGGCUAUUCAAAAUUCCCCAGGUAUCAUUCUGGUCUACAAGUCCGGAGCUUAGCAACAAGCAGAGGUUUGAGUACUUCUCUCGGACCAUCCCCUCAGAUCAUCAUCAGGUCAAGGCCAUGGUGGAGAUCGUCAAGCGACUAGGCUGGAGCUACGUGUCCAUCGUAUACGAGGAAUCCAACUAUGGCAUCAAGGCUUUUGAAGAACUGGAACUACUUUUGUCAAAAUCAAACAUCUGCAUAGCUGUGAAAGAAAAACUCACGAAGGAUUCUGGCGUGGCUGAAGAGACAGCUUAUGAUAAUGUCGUUCUCAGACUUCAAACUAAGCCUAGGGCUAGAGGAGCCAUAAUAUUCGCGUCGGACCAGGAGGUGGCUGGGCUGAUGCGGGCUGUACGCAGAUGUAACGCCACUGGCAGUUUCUCCUGGAUAGGCAGCGAUGGAUGGUCAGCUCGUAGUUUGGUGUCUGAAGGAAGCGAGCCAGAGGUGGAGGGUACUCUGUCUGUCCAACCUCAGUCCAACCCGGUCAGGGGAUUCGACCAGUACUUCAUGAAUCUGACAGUGGAGAAUAACCACAGGAAUCCUUGGUUUGUAGAGUUUUGGGAGGACCACUUCCAGUGCCGCUACCCCAACAGCUCCGUGACGCCGUACAACAGCAAGUACACCAAGCCGUGUGGGUCGCAACAUCGUCUAGACGGUCACAACAUGGCCUUCGAGAACCAGCUGCAGUUCGUGAGCGACGCGGUGAUGGCGUUUGCCGUGGCCCUGAGGGACAUGCACCGGGAGUUGUGUGGUGGGCGCCGGGGCUUGUGUACGGACAUGAAGCCCACCAAGGGUCUGGACCUGCUGCGAUACCUGCAUAAAGUCACGUUUACAGGACUUUCCGGUGACAAAUUCCACUUCGACAUCAACGGAGACGGUCCAGCUCGCUACAAUAUUAUCCACUUCAAGCAGACUCUGCCUGGGGCCUUCCAGUGGGUUCACGUGGGCGAAUAUGUGGAGGGGGAGCUGUCCCUCAAUAUGUCGGAUGUGCAGUUUAAACUUGGACAGCCACAUCCUCCAGAGUCGGUAUGCAGCUUACCGUGUGAGCUGGGACAGGCCAAGACGUACGUGGAGGGCGAGAGUUGCUGCUGGCACUGCUUCAACUGCACGGCAUAUCAGAUACGCCAUCCCGACGACGAGACACAGUGUGUGAUGUGUCGCGAGGGAACCAAGCCCGACCCGCACCACCAAGUGUGCCUGGACAUCCCUGAGGUAUUCCUGAGAGCCGAGAGCGCCUGGGCCAUCGGCGCCAUGAGCUUCUCUCUGACCGGCUGCUUGGUCACCCUAUUUAUUACCGGCGUGUUUGUACGCCACAACGACACUCCGGUGGUCAAGGCGGCGGGUCGGGAGCUGACGUAUGUGCUGCUCAGCGGCUUGCUGCUCUGCUACCUCAUCACCUUCGCUCUCGUACUGAGACCUUCCGACGUGGUCUGCGGCAUCCAGAGAUUUGGGGCUGGAUUUUGUUUCACGGUUGUGUACGCCGCAUUGCUCACCAAGACUAACCGCAUUUCUCGCAUUUUCAAUGCCGGGAAACGGACGGCAAAGAGACCAUCGUUCAUCACGCCCAAGUCUCAGCUGAUCAUCUGCACUGGCCUUGUCUCUGUGCAGGUCAUGAUUAACGCAUUAUGGAUGGUGGUGUCUCCCCCCAAGGCCAUCCAUCAUUACCCUACUAGGGAGGACAACCUCCUUAUCUGCUCCUCCUACGUGGACGCCUCCUACAUGAUCGCCUUCGGUUACCCGAUUGUGCUCAUCCUCGUGUGCACCGUGUACGCUGUCCUCACGCGGAACAUCCCUGAGGCUUUCAAUGAGUCAAAACAUAUAGGUUUCACGAUGUACACCACUUGUGUGAUAUGGUUGGCGUUUGUUCCUCUGUACUUCGGUACAGGAAACAAUAUGGCUUUGAGAAUCACCUCAAUUUCAGUCAUUAUCAGUUUCAUCGGCCAGUGACACCGUCGCCUGCCUCUUCUCCUCGAAAGUAUUACCUUGAAUAUUUGUGAUUUGUUUGUGCAGGUUUCACGAUGUACACC